AUGGAUUACGCAGCUCCAUCAACAAUAUCUUCAGCUUUGUUAUUCCUCUAUGACAAAGGUUCUGCAUUUUUUGCUGGAGUUGUUAUAAGUAUGGGGGGGAUUUUUGUAGGGAAACCCAUUCUGAGUUUAGGCUUGUUUGGAGCAAGUGGAGGUGCAAUGAUUACCUUCAUAACUGGUGAUGUAAUAAACACUGUUUUCAUUUUCUUUACUGUUAAUGGUGCGUUGAUAUGA